ACAGCCACCUACCUACUUUUAUUAAUUAAAUAUCUAGUAUAGUCUUUAUGUUCGGGGCGCCGCGAUAACCUUCAAAAAACAUAAAGGAGCCGUGAAUUCGAAAAGUUUGAGAAACACUGCACUAAGCCCUUAUAUGAUAUUGUGGAGCUAUUUGGUAGGGCUUAUUUAAAAGUAAAAAAGGGUGAGAUAGCAGCCAACGGAACAAGAUGCAGUUGAAGAUGGUUGCACAGUCGACGUUACACCAAUGACAAGUUUCCAACCUUCAGAAGAAUUGAUGGCCAAUCUUAGAACACCUCUGAUGAUAGUAAGCCUUUAACUGAAGUUUCUACAUCCAGACAAGAUACAAAUAUUGAACUUGUGCCCUCAACUUCCGGAAUUUCUCACAGUAGUUUCUCCAGUACCAAAAAAGAAAAGUAAACCUUCUGAAAGAGAGAAAAAAACAUCUGUUGCAGCAGUCAUCACAUCUUCAUCUUACAAGAACGACCUCAUAGAAAGAAAGAAAAUAAAUGUCCAAAGAAAAAAAAUCCAGAACCAGAGUAUGAUGCCUGAAUUUAUGAUUUUUGCAAAAAAUUUGUGUUCCUUUCUAUGUUAUACCAAUGUUUCCAAAGAAUAUCGUUUAAGUCAAAGUUAAAAUUUCAUAGUGUUUAUAGUAUUCCACACAUGGGGUACCUAUUCCACAUUUAGAUGCCUUUAUCAUUAUUUAGUUUUUUAUUUAAAUUUUAUUUAAAAUUAGUUAAUGUAACCAACACUUGUUACAAAAUGAAGCGUAAAUAUAUGAUUAUUAUUAAUGACUACAAAAUGUUUUUUAUUUGUAACUUUUGGGCAAAUUAUGUCUAAUAAACAAAGUAGUAUUACAUAUUUGGUCACUCUCCUCUACUGUGUCCAAUCGAGGGUUGACGUAAAAGUAAACUGCAAACAAAAUAUUGUUGGAAAGAAGUUGCCAUGAUGUUAAUUUCAACCUCUUCGAGGUAAAUUCUGACUAUCUGUGCAACAUAGGAUCUGGCGUUGUCUUGCAUUAGUAAGACAUUUUCGCCGAUAUAAGGGGCGAAUGGUACUACGUGUUGCUCCAAGAUCUCCAUUGCAUACCUUUAAGCUGUAACGGACCCAUUGUGUAUAACCACGAGGUCCGUAUGUGCGGUCAAAGAAAUAGUAUCCCACGCCAUAAAGGAGCCUCCACCAAAUAAUGUGGUUUGUGAAAAGUUACAUAUCGUUCAUUGGGACGUCGUAACACACGUCUGUCGUUAUUGUGUAAACAAAAUCGGGACUCAUCGGUGAACAACACUCGUACCCAGUCAGCCUCUAACCAAUUGACGUGUUCCCUGGCAAAACGUACUUAGUCUCACCUCACGAUUGUCUGCAGUUAAUAGAGGGCCCCGGGCUGCAAUCCUAGGUGUUAUAUGUUGUACUUCCCAAGUCGCUGGCGAACAGUUUCCGUAGUGAUUUGUAUAGCAUGCACGUUACGAAACUGAAUUUGUAGACUUUGAUGUGUAACAAAUCGUUGUCGAAGUGCUAAAAUCCUCAAACAUCCAUCCUGAAUAGGGGUAGUUACUCGAUUUCGUCCUUACCCUGAUCUACGAGCAUGAUCGCAUGUUUCACGGAAUCUUUGCAAGAUACGUGUGAUGUAUGUGUGGGACACAUUGAAUUGAGGAGUAAUUCGUCGGUAACUCCAGCCUUCUUCCAAAGUAUUAGUGCUUGGGCACAUUCAUCACGGGUUAAAUUACGUGAUUGACGCUCCAUAAUAAAUACAAAAAAGAAUCCUUUAGAAGUAAACAGUAGGUAAUCGAAUAAAUACACGUCUUAAACUCGUUCAGAUUUGCGAACUAAAUAGGUGGAAGUGCAGCUUUUGCCAGUGCGCUAAUGUUGGGACCCCGUCUGGGAAGGUACGAUGCUGGAAUUGCCCCUUUACCUUUGGGGAAUCCUGUGAACGCUGUUAUGGGUCUUUUCGUAUUAUGGUGGGGUUGGUUGGCAUUCAAUUCAGGUAGUACUUAUGGGUUGAGUGGUGAAAAAUGGCAUUAUGCCGCUAGAGCAGCAGUCAUGACGAUGAUGUCUACUUUUGGAGGCGGUACAGCAAGCAUUUUUUAUACUAUGAUCAAAAUGAAAGGAAAAAUUGAUGCUAUCGAUAUUAUUAAUGGAAUUCUUGGAUCUCUUGUGUCCAUAACAGCAGGAUGCUUCCUUUAUAAAGGUUGGGAAGCAGCCUUAAUUGGGACUAUCGGAUCUCUAUUAGUAUGUGGCUCUAUGCCUCUUUUUGACUUGGCAGGCGUAGAUGACCCUGUUGGAGCCAGUGCUGUCCAUGGCGUUGGGGGUAUUUGGGGAAUUAUUGCAGUAGGAAUAUUUGCUGAAAAUCCUUAUCCUCUGGGUACAACGAAUGGAAGAAGCGGUUUAAUAAAAGGUGGAGGCUGGUAUCUCUUUGGAGUCCAAUGUCUAACAGCCCUUUGCUUACUAUCUUGGGGCAUUAUAUCAACUGUAAUUUUAUUAUGGAUAAUAAAUAAAUUCAUAACAAUCAGAAUGGAUGUCCACGUAGAACUGUUGGGUGCAGACUUAACAGAACAUUUGGUCAAGCACGGACAAGUAAAUGUAGUAGGGGUUUCCCGGGCUCUUUCUGCUUUCCGACCAGUUCUUGAUACUACUGAUGUAGAACAAUUGAAUAAUGUAGGGUUGAAUCCGGGACACGAUAAACACCUGGAAAUGGUAAAAACAAUGGCUAAAAAGAAGAGAUACACGUUAUCGAAAAUUUUGAGACAAGUAACCAAAAACAAAAAUUUAGGGAUCAAUGUUGCCAAGAAUUUAUUUCCAAAAAAUAAAACUCAUCCGAGAAGAUUAUCCAAAAGAUCCACUGAGAAUUUCAAAAUGAAAGUGACAAAUCUUUGUAAUGAAACUGAUUAUGGAAUAACCCCUCAUGUUGCGUGGUUGGAAUAAUUUUUAUUUAUUACUAAUCAAGUCAUGAAAAUAGUGUAGCAAGCGCCAAAAGUGAUGGCGAGCGUGCCCCCAUGCGCACAAACUAAUUUUUAAUGUAACUCCCACUACAGCUCUUGCAAGACAUACAAAUGCUUUGUACAGAGGGGUAUCAUUACUUGUCCUCCAAUGCUGUUGGCGUUUGGCAUUGUUUGAAUAAUUUGUGGUGUUUCUGAAAAAGUGUCAUCGCCUAGCAAAAGUUUAUUUUUGGAUAAGUGUUUUAUUAUAUAACAUUUUAAUGAACUGUACUACUACCUAUAAUACUAAAUGAAAUAUGAAAAGAAAUUACGAUGAAGUCAUCUUCCAUUUAUUACCCUAAUUAAAACUAAUUAUAGGUACGACACUGGCCGGCAAGGAGCUUAUCGUAAUCCAAUAGUUAUUUAGUUUAGUAUACCUGCGCGAUCGCUCGCCAUCACGUACUCUUGGUAAUCUCAAAUGAAGUUUACA